AUAAUAUUCAUAACUUAUAAUAGUAAAUUGUAGUUAUAAAAAUGGCCUGCCGCACCUAGUGCCGCUACGUUUGGACGAAUGUAUCGUCGUCCGAAUAUCUAUAUACGAACAGCGAACGUGUACCUAUGCGUGAGUAUAAUAAUUAUUACACUGUGUCGUCUAAACACAUAGAAGUAUCACUGAUGAAUAAUAAAAUGUAUAAAAUAUAAAAUUGUAAGUGUGUGAAAUUGAAUGAAAGACGAAUUUCUCCUUAUUUUAGUUAUUGAAACUUUUUUAGCUCAAGCCCUAUACAUUUGACUCAUUUGAGGGACCUAUUUACGCCAUGACAAAUAGUGGCGCCAAACUGCCAAAUGCCAAUCGUCUGGACGUAUUAAAAUAUUUUGUUAUCAAAUUUCAUUUAUCACCAUCACUCGGUGUAGCCGCCGACGCAACAACGCUACCGGUUUUCGAUAUUAUCACGAUUCACGGGGCGUUUCUACUCGGAUUAUAGGGCGAUUAGUCAAACGCAGAAACGCCAGAAACGUAGUCGUGAUGAAUAGUGAAUACCGAAUACGAAUAUCCCGAGUUAUUAGGUAGUUUAAUAUUAUAUAUUAUAUUAUAAAUGAUAAAAUUAUUAUAAUUAUGCCGAGAUUGUAGACCAAUGUAUCCAAAUUAAAUAUAAUAGUAUAACUGGUAUAAGUGUAUAAAAUCGAAGUCGAUAUAAUUCGUUCGUAAAAUUUUACAAUAUAUGCAAUAAAUCGGCAGAUUGUGUGUGACUCGUCUUAAACAUUAUAGUCGUGCAACAUUCGACAGAGAGGCGAGUCUAUUCGUUUGGACUUUAAGAAAAAAUAUUGAUGUUAAAUUUAUUAUACUUAAGAAUAAGGUAUAAUAUUACAUAAUAUAGCAUUCGUAAUUAAAAUUUAACAAUAUGAGAGUGGCUAUAAUCGGAGCAGGAGUUGCUGGCUUGGCUUCAGCUAGAAGAUGUUUAGAAAAUGGUUUUGAGCCCAUCGUGUACGAAAGAUCGAAAAUAGUAGGUGGAACUUGGGUAUAUGAAGAACGAACCGGAGUCGAUGAAUUUGGUUUGCCAGUCCACACAAGCAUGUAUAAAAAUCUAAUGACGAAUUUGCCAAAAGAAUUAAUGGAUUUUCCAAACUUUCCUUAUAAGGAUUUAGACAAUAUAUCAUUUUUGGAACCAUGGCAAGUGCAAGAAUAUAUUGAACAAUUUACUGAACAUUUUGGACUUAAAAAGCACAUUCAAUUUUGUAGUUUAGUGACUUCAGUUGAAAGAUUAACAAACAACUGGCAGGUGACAGUGGAAGACUUGAAAACAAAAACAUUAAAAACUGAAUACUAUGAUGCAGUAAUGGUAUGUAAUGGACAUAACGCUUCGCCUUUUACCCCGGAUAUUCCAGGGAAAGAUGAUUUUGAAGGCGUACAGAUACAUAGUCAUGAUUAUAGAAUACCUGAACAUUUUACAAAUAUGAAUGUUCUCAUAAUUGGUAGUGGUCCCUCUGGCAUUGAUAUUUGCACGGAUGUAUCUAAAGUUGCAAAUCAGGUUUAUUUUAGUCAUCACAAGCCUGAAUUAAUUGAGAAAGAAUUUCCAAAAAAUGUUGUACAUUUACCAGACGUUGAGUUAUUUUCUAAAAAAACUGUUUGUUUUAAAGAUAAAACUAAGCAGACUUUGGAUGCUGUAAUUUAUUGCACAGGAUUCAAAAUUACGUUAUCAUUUUUGAAACCUAGUUGUGGAAUUAAUGUUUUGAACGACAAAUUGAUCACUCCGCUUCAUAAAAAUAUCAUCAAUAUGAAUAAUCCUACUAUGGGUUUUAUUGGAUAUUUAAAUAUGACUUUCGUAUUCCGGAUAUUUGACUUACAGGUGCGAUAUUAUUUGGAAUUUCUUCGUAAAAAUUGUUUAUCCAGGUUGGACAGUAUGGUGACGACGAUGACUCCGGUCACCACACACUUUUUAGGCGAAAACGUGUUAAACUACUGCAAAUCGUUAGUAUCAGAUAAAAAUAAAGUCGAACCAAUUCCAUCAAUAUAUUUUGAAAUUUAUUUUGGAUGUCAUGAACUUAAACAACAGUAUUUUAGAUCAUAUCAAUCAUCGGUCUUUAAAAUCAUCAACAAUGAUGAGUAUUUAAUUGAAUUCGAUGCAGAAAAUGCAAAAAAUAAAUAAAGUACGAACGUAAAUACUAAAUAUUUAUAUUAUAUAAUAAGUAAUAAGUAAUUUUAGUUUAUAAUCAUUACAAUUUUGUGGUAAAAACACAAAAAAGGUUACAUUGAUGAGCUUAUUAUUUUAUCGUUGUUUAAUUAAUGUUGUAUUGUUAUAGUAUAUUUUGUAUAAUAAUAGGUACUCAAUAGUACCUACACCAGGGAUGUAAAAUCCAUGGCACGCGAAAAAUUAAAAUAGCUUUAUUAUAUAUUAUUAAAAAGGUAAAAAUAUUUUGAUCAUAAGGCUUUUAUCAGUCAAUAUUGAAUAUAAUAUUUAGAAUAUUUUUCAUGGCACUCUCGAAAAAAAAGAUAAUUUUUGGUAUGUAGUGUUCAAAAGAUUUGCCAUCCCUAACCUAUAUCAUAGUACAUCUAUAAUUGUUGAUGCAAUCAUUAAUAUAAUAUAUAUUUAUAUGUAUAUACUUAAAUAUUUAUAACAGUUGUACAAUUUUAACAGACAUAGUUAAAUCAUUUUAACUAUCUUUUUUAUUUACUAUUAAAAAAAGUAUUUACUAUUUUUAAGUAA